AUGCUGUACAGCCACACCGAGGCGUUCGAGCCGUCCUUCACAACUGGGAGGCUUGGAGGGACCUACUGGACGACGCAAAUGCUCACCAGCCACGGAGUAUUCGGCGAGUUCCUGCUAAGGAUUCGGAGGGAGGCGACAUCCAUCUGUCACCACUGCAAGGAAGAGGAAGACACGGCGCAGCACACUCUGGAAUUCUGUCCAGCGUGGGAAGAACCGCGCCGUAUCUUGCGACUCGCUAUCGGCGAGAGAUUAGUCCCCGAGGCUGUCGUUGGGGCGAUGCUGAGGGGGCACCAGGAGUUCAUCGCCGUUCGCUCCUAUUGCGAGCAAGUUAUGCGCGUGAAGGAGCGAGCGGAGCGGGAUAGGGAGAAGAGACAGGAUCCUGUCAGGCUGCCGUACCCAAGGGACCCUGCACGCCGCAGGGUUGCGGAACCACCACCACUGCCGCCCUAG